GUCCUUUGAUGACGUAUUUUACAAGCGACGCAGGGAGGGCGCUUUGAAAGCCAAUAGGUAGCUUGUGUUAACGUGUGAGAUAUUCCAAAUAACCGACGGAAUGAAGCCGAAAUAUGAGAACCUUCUCAGUAUGUGACACCAUGUGCAAGGUAGUCGAAGUUGUUUUUUUAAUUUCCUUUCCAAACUUGUUAGCUAACGUUCAAGUAGUUAACGUUAAAGUUAGCUAACAGCUUCUGGUUGCAAUCUACAGCUACCGGUGUGACAAUACGCUGCCUUUAACGUCUUCCUUUAAAUGUUGGAGAUUUGUAAACUGUCUGAGGAUGGCGAGCGUACAUGAAAGUUUGUAUUUCAACCCCAUGAUGACAAACGGGGUGGUCCACGCCAAUGUGUUUGGCAUCAAAGACUGGGUGACUCCGUACAAAAUCUCUGUCUUGGCGCUGCUUUAUGAAAUGACCGCUUCCAAGAUGACGCUUCCGGAGAGAAGGCGACUGAACAAGCUUAUUCUGCCACUGCAGCAGGGUCCAGACCUGACCCUCGGCCAGUUCCUCAAGACUGUGGAGGAGUGUUGUCCUCAGACGGCAUAUGCAGUCAAACUCAGGCUGCAUGAAAUGGCAGAUGGAGAGCUGAAAGAUAUGGAGUACUUUUUUUCCACUCUUCCCACUCCGUUCACUGCCUUUGACUCUGAGGCCUAUAAAACCAGUGUUGUGGGACUUUUUAUGAGACACAUGCUCCUGGCGUACAACAAGCUGUCAUUCAGCCAAGUUUACAAGCUGUACAAGUCCCUGCAGCACUACUACCACAGUCACUACGCCAAGCCUGUGGACGGGCAGGUGGGUGUGCCAGUGCUGGUCGCAGAUGACUCAGAGAUGGACCUCACCAGCACAGAGGACACCGUAGGGGAUCGAGUGGAGCAAGAGGAGCUGGACACCCCUCUGCAUGAGUCAGAGCUGCAAAGUGUUAAUGCGCCGAGCAGAGGUCCCCUGUCACAAAAGCAAGCCGAGUACUUUCUGGCAAGACAGGCUUAUCUUCUGAAGAACGAUGAGAACAAAGCCCUGAAGCCCGCCGCACUGCAGGAGGAGCUCAACAACAUGCUGAAGUUUAACCCAGAUUUUGCUGAAGCGCAUUACCUGAACUAUUUGAACAGCAUGAGAGUCCAGGACAUCUUCCUGUCCGCCCACAGCCUCUUGCAUUACUUUGACCGGCUCAUCUUGUCGAGUAACGAGGGGAAGAGCAACGGCGAUGAGGGCUACGGUCGAAGCCUCCGCUACGCCGCUCUGAGCUUGGCAAGCCUGCACUGUCGCUUCGGCCACUAUCAGCAGGCUGAUCUGGCUCUACAGGAGGCCAUCCGCAUCGCCCAGGAGUCUAAUGACCACGUGUGCCUGCAGCACUGUCUGAGCUGGCUUUACACACUGGAGCAGAUGAAGGGAUCUGACAGCACAGUGCUGACCGAGGACUCGGUGAAAAUGGCUGCCCAUUUCUGCCUGCCAUAUUUGGCCUCUCUGGGCAUUCAGUCGUUGGUCCAGCAGGGGGCGACGCAGGGUAAGACUGCGCACAAGCUGAUGGACGCGCUGAAGGAUACGGACAUCUUGCACUGGAAGCACAGCCUGUCGGAGCUGAUCGAGAUCAGCCUGGCUCAGACUACAUCCAUAUGGAGGAUGUACGGAAAGAGCACCAUGGCUCUGCAACAGGCCCAGCUGCUUCUCAACAUGAGCAGUCUGGAGCCGGUCAACUUCGGGGUCCAGCAGAACAACACCGAGGCCUUCGCCGUGGCCCUCUGUCACCUGGCCGAGCUGCACGCUGAGCAGGGGCUGUACAGCGCUGUUGCAGAGAUUUUUCAGCACCUGAAAGAGCAAUUUCCUUCUCACACACAACACGCAAAGCUCUGGAUGCUGUGCGACCUGAAAAUCCAGUUUGAGCGACACAUGAACGAGGGGAAAUACCACUUGGCCGAGCCCCUGGUAGCAGCUAUUUCCGCUUUGAACAAAACAGAAGGCCUUUACAGGAAAGCUCAGGUUUUGAAGGCCCUCCACCGCAGCACUGAGGCGUACCACAUCUUACAGCGGCUGCAGGCUCACUGUGAGAAGACUCAGUGCACAGAAAUAAUCAUCAGAGUGAUGCUGUCCACUGCCGAGCUUCACUGGGAGUCAUCCGGUUUCUCCACAGCUCUUCCUGUGCUCCUGCAGGCUUUGACUUUGGCCAGACAGCACCACCUACAGUCCCUGGCCUCAGAAGCCAUUCUUCAUCUGGCCUUUACUCAGCUGAUGCUGGGGGUUCCUGAGCAGGCUCUGAGUGUUCUCCAUGAGGCCAUGGAGCCCGUGCUGGCCCGCGGAGCGGUCAUGGACAAAGGCCGGGCCUUGCUGCUGGCCGCUCGCUGCCAGAUGGCGGUAGCUGGAUUCAGGCCGAACGGACAGGUUCAGCCAGAUUUGCAUUCGGCGGCUUUGGUGGUGGAAACGCUCAACGAGGCUGCGGCCUAUUUCUCCAAGCUGAGCUGUAAGGAGCGGCUGCGGGACGUCCACUACCUGCAGGCCCAGCUCCACCGCUCCAUGGGACAGACUUUGCAGAGCAACCAAAGUGCCAUGCUUUUCCGGCUGCUGGACCAGGAGCUGCAGUCCCCGGCCCCCCCCGUCUCCAUGCAGCUCUGACCGCUCCUUCUUUACAACCACAGAGAGCUGUUGUUCAGGACACGUCUCCUCUAAGUGCAGAAAAUAGGCUCUGCAACUCUCCACUAGAUGGUGGCCAGACUCUGCCUCCACUUUUCUCAGAACUAAAACAUUUCUAAACAUUUUAGAAGAGAGGUCAUUGAACAAACCACACACAGUAACGAGAUAAUUACCGAACAGAAUAAAUGCCAGCACUCAUAAAUAAAGAGUUUCUUUCCAAAAGAUAAAUACAUACCCAUUGAGUCCCUAUUUGACUCUGCCACAGCGACUGCUCUGGUUGGUCUGACUUAUACUCAUGCCCGUUAUCAGUUUGAAAGGGAAAAAAACUUUUCCCAGAGCCAUCCCAGCCGCGCCGAUCUAUGCACUGCUUUUUGAUAAAUGAGGGUAAUAUCACAGUUUGCCGGAUGAUUAAUGCGUUUCAGUGGCUCGGAUGAUCCAUAUUUGGCCCCUGGAAUACUGAUGAAGCUGGAACCCAGUGGAGGACGUCAUCAUCAGAUUGAUCUGUGUUGACGCGGUACAGGCGGAAGAUCUGUAUUCCACUUAUGUCUGGCAGUCUGAGUACUUUUAGCUGAUAUUAUUCUGUUAUAUGUCCCCUCUUUAAAAAAAAAACCUCAUUUCCUGUUUCAUUUUGUUUAAUUUCCAGUUGAUAUGAGCUAGACAUAUCAGAGAUAAGAAAUAUGGUAUAAUUUCAUAUGCAUAGCUUAGUGUUUCGGUUUGAUUGUUUGUUGGCUUCAUGCACAGACUUCAUACUUUUGACUGAUGGCUGAGCAACUUGAGCCUUCCUGUUGAAUUGCUUUUUGUGUCACGUUUGACCUCAUGCCUUUCAGUGGAUAAACGGAUUGGUUGGGACCCACUUAAGAAUGACCCCUGUUGACUUAUGUUAAACACCUGACUCUCACACGUUUGGUGAUUAAAGUUGGUGCGGAUUUAGGCUGGUGGCUGCCAUUUAAUGCCUGUGUUUACAUGUUUGGCAUGAUUACAGCCGAAGUAACCGUAGGGGAAGUGUGUUGGCUUGUUUACAGGAGUAAAAACGUCGAGUUGUACAGGAGUUUUCAGCAUGUGUAAAUGGGUUCUUGCUUUUAGACAGAGAGGCAGGAUUUCCUGCUGAGCAGGUAAAAACAGGGACUGCUAAUCAUCACCUUUUCAGUCGGUCAUUUACAGCCGAGAGCAUCCAAUUUGAAUGUUACACCACUUUAUCAGGUGGUUUGUAAAGCAGCCGAGCCUCAUUUCAACCAGAAAUGUGACCUUUCUAUUGCAUUAAACCUUCCUGUAAGGAUGAUUUAAUGCUGACUACUUUUAUUAUUCAAUUCAAUGAAUAAAUCCCCCCCCUUUUCUUCAGCUGUUUAAAAAAGCUGGAGAGAAGGUAUUUUCUAAAGACAUAAAGAAGAUGAACAUCUCUUUUUCGUCUUUUGAGGUUUCCUCAGUCUCUUAUAUCUUUUUGUCAAAAUUAUUAUUACCAUACUAAGAUCUUUGUUCCUUUUAAUGUGGGUCAUUUUAUUUAGUGCCGAAAUGGUUCAGUGGAAUUAAAAUAUUAUCACAGGAUUCACUGAUCUUUUAUUUAGGUGAUGACAAG